AUGGAGGGACAGCUCCUGAGGGGCCUCGCCGCGCAGCAGGACUGCAGCAGCAUCCGAGAGAAAAUAAACUUAGAAAUCCGCAUGCGAGAAGGAAUAUGGAAGCUGCUCUCGCUGAGUACAAAAAAAGAGCAGGUUUUGCAUGCAGUUAAGAACCUCAUGGUGUGCAGCGCUCGGAUCCAGGCGUACACGGCGGAGCUGCAGAAGUCAGAAGAGAUUGCCGAUCAAACCGGAAGACGGUUAGUGCUGGAUGCGAGUUUUGAAAGUAAAGAACGAGAACCCUGCAGAGGAAAGAUCGCCCUGUCAGAUAUUCGAAUACCAUUAAUGUGGAAAGACUCCGAUCACUUCAGUAAUAAGGAAUGCACAGAACGCUUCGCCAUCUUUUGCUUGUUCAGGAUGGGAGCUGACGUGUUUGACACCGAUAUGAUGAUCGUGGACCAGACCAUCACAGAUAUAUGUUUUGAAAAUGUCACCAUAUUCAACGAAGCAGGACCAGACUUCCAGGUCAAGAUAGAAGUCUACAGCUGCAGCGCCGAGGAAUCUUCCAUCACCAACACGCCGAGAAAGCUGGCUAAAAAGCUGAAGACGUCCAUCAGCAAAGCCACGGGAAGGAAGAUAAGCGCAGCGCUCCAGGAAGAGAACCCAGAGGCGAGCGAGCUCGUCAGCUCCGUGGCGGGCACAAAGUACCAUUUGCUGGCUCAUACCACCCUGACCUUGGAAAAUGCUGGAGACUGCUUCAAGACCCAUAACCUGUCCAUCCACGGAGACGAGGAGUGUUCCUUUUGGCUUCCCUUGUAUGGCAACCUGUGCUGCCGGCUGGUGGCCCAGCCAGCUUGCAUGGCUGAAGAUGCGUUUGCUGGAUUCCUCAAUGAACAGCAAACAGGAAAAGGUCUGGUUGGCUGGAGAAGGCUGUACUGUGCUCUGAGAGGGGGUAAACUCCGCUGUUUUUACGGUCCAGAAGAAAUCGAAGCUAAAGUGGACCCGACUCUGGUAGUUCCUAUUGACAAGGAAACCAGAAUUCAGGCCAUGGAAAAGGAUUCAAAGAAAAUGUACUGUUUCUCUGUCCUCAACACGGCUGCUGGGCGAGCGGUGAGUCACAUCUUUGUGGCUGACAGCCUAACAGACUUUCAGGAGUGGAUGGGAGCCUUCCGGAAGCAUUUCUUUGAUCUCAGCCAAUGGAGACAUUGUUGUGAAGAACUUAUGAGAAUUGAGAUUACGUCACCACGGAAACCACCUUUGUUCCUGGCAAAGGAUGCGACCUCAGUGUAUCACGAUAUGAGCAUCGAUUCACCCGUGAAACUUGAAAGCGUCAUGGACAUAAUACAAAAAAAAAUCGGAGAGACCAACGGACAGUUCCUCGUGGGUCAGGAUGACGAAUCCACAGCACCCCCGUGGGCCGCAGUCUUUGAUGGCAAUCACGAGAUGGUCAUCCAGAAGAAAGUGUUGUCCCCAACAGUCAAACCGGCCCCCGAUGGAAAAAGGAAAAAGAGGCGAGCUCCACUUCCUCCUACCAAUCAACCUCCCUUCAGCAUAAAAACACAGGGUAGCGCAGAUCAGUCAAAGGACAGCGGGGCCCAGGUCAGUGUCUCUGGAGCCUCACCCUCAGAUCCCAGACUAUCACCACCUAUGCAUCAUCUCCAGAAACCGGUAGCUGCCCCUCGCAAACUUCUCCCUGCCAGGAAAAACAGUUCAGCAGACGGUGGGCACACAGACGCUAAAACCAGUUUUGACGCGAAGCCAGUGCCAGCUCCAAGGCAGAAAUCCAUCAGAGGCAUUCUGGACCCUCGAUCGUGGCUCCAGGCACAAGUAUAGGAACCCUGUACUGUGUAAAUCCAGCUGUAAGGCUAUGGUCAAAGGUAUUAUACGUGUAAUGUUAUGUAAUUGUAUAGGUAAAGACCAGAGCAGUUUCCAGAAGCCAUUAAUAAGCUAUUAGGUACAGAAAAGCACCUUUAAAUAGAGCAUUAGAUUUCUCCUUUACUUCUUUCCAGAAUAUAAAUGAUUUUCCCCCAUAGAGCAAAAGAGGCAGUUUCUAGACAGUAUCCUAUUUUUUGGAAAGAUUAAUUUACUCCUAAUUUAGUAGCAGGCAGUGAACAGGCAGCGAGCAGAAGAAAGCAUUAUUAUUUUUUUUUUUUUUGGAGAGAGUCUAGUAACAUAGAAUGUGUUCAAUACAAGCUGUAUUCUCUUUGUGAAAGUUUUAAUACUUAAUGGAAUGUUUCAAAGGUUUUGUUCAAACCACAAAUUACAGAAUCCACCCGAGGAAGUGUUUCCCUUCAGCUUUCUGGAAUUCAAAUCUAACGGUCCUCUGACUCCUCUCUGCCGUUUAACUGGAGAGUCUAUAGGGUUGACCUUUUAAAUUCCUGGGAUACAUUUUCGAAUAUUAAACUCUUUGUCUUUAAAGGGAA